CUUUGAAACAAUACUGUUAAGAAUAUUGAAAGAUUUUAUUCGAUUACCUAAAUCAUUGAACAUUGAAUCGAUGGAUAAUUCACCAUCAACCUCAUCAUUAUCAUUGUCAUCACUAACAACAUUAUCCCUUGAAUCGUAUUAUACUAAACAAAUUAAUUAUUGUACAAGUAAAUAUAAUACUUCUACCCGUGCAGAUAUUGAAUGGAAUAAUACUAAAGCUGAUUAUCAAGAAGAUGAAACUAUGGAAGAACUUAAAUAUAGUUUAUUCAAUUGUCUUGUGGAUUUAAGAACCGGUUAUUUGACACCAUUCUGGCAUACAGAUUGUUCACAAAUCCACUGGCCAGAAGAAUAUGAUACCAUUAUUCCAGGAAAAAAUACUUAUCAGAACAAGCCAUUAUUGCCAACAUUAUUUCAU